AUGGCUAUAAAUCCAGCAAAAAAUGAAAGUAAAGCCAAUCAACAUGCCGCUGGUGCUAGAUUUCGUCAAAGAAAAAUAUCGGUUAAACAACCUUUAUCAAUUCAUAAACAACGAGAUUUACCUUCAUUAGAUGCAUCAGAAUUAGAACCUAGUCAAAUACAUCAUUUAAAUUCAAAUAAUAUUGGUCAACCACCUCGAGAUAUACAUGCAGUUGAUACAGGUGUUGAUAAAAAUGAAGAGGAAGAAGUUCAUUUGCAACAAGUAAUUAAUGCGGCGCAAAAGGCAUUAACAAGUAAUAAAACAAAUGAAAUGUAUAUUCCAACACCAGAUGCUUCAAAAAUAUGGACCGAAGCUGCUAAAUAUUACAAGGAUCAGAAGUUUAAAGAACCAGAAUCAUAUAUAAAAUUUAGUGCAACAGUUGAAGAUACAGUUGGAGUAGAAUAUAAUAUGGAUGAAGAAGAUGAAGAAUUUUACAAUAAAAAUUUUAAAACCAAAUGUUCUGAAUUAGAAUUUGAAACAAUGUGUAAUAGAUUGGAGAAAACAAUUGAAGCAAGACAACCUUUUUUAUCCAUGGAUCCAACUAAUAUUUUAUCAUAUGAAGAAAUGUUAACAUAUUUAACAUCUGAUUUAUCAAAUAAUCAAUUACUUAACACGGAAUAUUUAUCAACCACUGCAUUAAAAGAGAAACUUUCAAAAGAGCUUAAUUAUAAACCAUUCACAACAAUAUUUGAUAAAGAUCAAGAACAUACUUCACAAAUACGGCCAAUCACAAAGUUAUUUGAUUUAUAUGGUAAAAAUGUUUAUGAUCAUUGGAAAGAAAGAAAAAUUUCAAGAAAAGGAAGAUCAAUACAACCAACACUUCGAUUUGAAGAUCCUAAUGCCAAUGAAAAAGAUAACGAUAACGAUCCAUAUAUUUGUUUUAGAAGACGUGAAUUUAGACAAGCAAGAAAAACAAGAAGAGCAGAUACUGUUGGAGCAGAACGUAUAAGAUUACUACAAAAAUCAUUACAUCGUGCAAGAGAUUUAAUUAUGAGUGUUUGUGAACGUGAAAUUUUAAAUUUAGACAAUUUGCUGGCAGAAUUAGAUAUAUUUAAAUUAAGAUCAGAAACUAAAAGCGUUAAAAGAGAACUCGGUAUCAGAGGUGAUGAUUAUUUAUUCUUUCCACAUAAGAAAAGAAAAAUGGUUAAACCAAAAGAAGAUGAGGAAAAGAAGAAAGAGAAAAAGAAAAUCGAAUCACAAACUCAAGAAGCACAACAACAACACCAUCAACCACAACAAGCAUCAAAUCCUCAAGCACCAGCAGCAGCAGAACCAGCACCAAAUCAACCGUAUGUCAAAUUACCACCAGCCAAAAUUCCAGACAUGGAGCUUGUUACAGUUUCGUUAGUAUUAAGAGAUAAAAAUGAUACUAUUAAACGUGCAGUUAUGGAAAAACUAAAGAAACGAAAAGAACCAGAUCAAGGUUUUGUAAAUCUUACUGAUGAUCCAUUUGAGCCAUUAUUUGAUAUUUCCACUAACAACGACUUGGUUGAAUCACGUCAUAUUCCAUAUUCAUCAAUUGCUGCGACCAAUUUUCAUCAAUUUAAUACUUCAAAUUAUUUAAGUGAACCAUUAAAAACAUUAAUAGCAGGGAGUAAGUCAUUACCUGGUGUAAAGACUAUAAGAGGAUCCAAUGGAGAAUUAAUACCCACAAAAGCAUUUCCACAUAUAACUUCCCUUUUACAUGAAAAAAUGUCAAAUAAUGAAUAUAAUUCAACAAAUUAUAUUGCUAAAUUAUUAAAAAAUAUCGAAAAUAAUAAUUAUGAAAACUAUAAUAAUGGUUUUAUCAAGGACAAUAAAAUAGAAGAGGACAGUCAAAUUUCAGAACCAAUAUUUAGACUUCGUAAAAGAAUGGCUAGAGCUAAUAGAAUGUUCAUUGAUAGACGUGGCCAACAAACUUCAGAUGUGGUUGACGAGUUUAUGAAUUUUUCUGAUGAUGAAGAAGAAAUUCCUAAUGUUUAUGAUAGUAAAUUUGAUGCUUGGAAGAGACUAAAAUCAAAUUGGAGAUUUGAUGACGAUUUAUCUGAAUAUCAAAAGGGUUCAUUGGAUCCAUUUAGUCUUGAUCCAUCAAAACUUAAUAAUAUAAGUGAAGAUACUCAAGCUAUUAGAUUUGGUUCAAUGUUACUUUCAAAAUCAUAUAGUUUAUUAAAGGAAUCAGUUCAACAAAAGCAACAAUCAUUUCUACAACUGGCACGAAUGAGAGCAUUACAACAACAACAAUUAAAACAACAUCAACAAAAGCAGCAGCAACAACAACAACAGCAACUAAAUCAACCACAACAUCCACAAGUACAACAUCAACAACAAUCACCACCACAGCAACUGCCACAACAGACUCAUCAACCUCAACAAAUUACUCAACCUCAGCCUCAACCUCAACAACAACAACCUAUAGAACAAAUUCAGAAGCGAUCAUCAUCAAUACAACAUAAACCACCAAAACCACUUUCACCUGCUCAAAAUUCAAUAAACAAACCCCCAGCUCAAGCAAUUCAUUAA